AUGGCGCGAGCCGUGGACGCCUCAGGCCGUUAUCAGCCUGGCUUUUUCCAAGGAAACAAGCUAUGGCUCGGUUCCAAAGAUCUUUGUUUUCGGCUGGACAAUGAAUAUAAGGCGAAAGGCCCACAAUACAACGCAGAUGCAUUUAUACGAUCGGAAAAGGAUUUCGAUGAGCCUACACCAGAAUGGCCUGUUUUAAGUAAGAAGGAACCAUCGCAAAGCACGCAAGCUGACGUUGACAUGCCGCAGCACCGCCUCGAAUACGUUGCUGUGCAAAUUCUGUUGAACAUAACAAAGUUCAAAGUACCGAAGACGUACGGUAUAACACUCGGUUUAUGCCUCCCACGUUCGUGUGCGCCGGAAGACGUUCUGUCACUCAUAAACUUCUCAGUGAUGUUAAACGACAAUUUGAAGUCGAACGGCACCACACCUAGGUCAGUAAAAGUGACAUCGCUGCGACUGGUAGAAGAGUAUUACGACAUGCGAUACGACCCAGGCGCAGUCUUAGUAUUCCUAGCUACAAUGUUGUUAGCGACGUUGGCUAUGUUAGCCACGAUAGUCGACGUCGGUCUGAUCAAUUGUUUGAAAAGGCGAAGCGGUUCGCUGUCCGUUAACGUCCAGAAGUUCAACGAAGCAGGCAGCAUUAGAUAUGGAGAAGAGUGCGGAAAGUUGAACCGCGAAGUGGUCAAAGUUUUUGUCGAUUUAAAAAAGGAGAGAACAGUCGAUAAUGAAACUCUCCCAUCUAAGAAGGAAGGGGCCAGGAUGUUGAAAGUGGAAGCAAUGAAGCAGGCAAAACAAAAUGAAACAACUCCAACGAUCACGCUAGGCGUAAUGACUUCGGAGCGAAAGAUCGCUAGCUGCAACCGUUGCGGCAAAUACAGGAAGCAGUGCGACCCAAAAGUGGCGGACAACUUGCCCGAACGCCCCCCAAUCCAGUACAAAACCUGCGCCACUCUGACGAAUACGGAAUACAGGAAGAGGGAUAGUAUAUACCUGAACUUGCUGCUCAGUUUCUCCCUCAAGCACAACUGGAAGAGAAUUUUCAACACGAAGAUGGCCAAUAAAGAUUUGGCUGUGGUGCAUCUGUUGAGGAUAUUUGCCACUUUUUGGGUGAUAUUCGUUCACGUGACCGUGCUCGUAGAUUAUCUGUCUGGAGAUAAUGGCAAGAAUAACGGAACGAAUAGCAGGUAUCACGUUUUGAAUAUGGGCACUCUAGCUUUUGAUACACUGUUUUUUUCAAGAUUGCUGCCUCCGUACAUGUACAUGGUCUUCGUAACAGCGGCGUUGUCCAGGGUGUGGCGCGACACAGCGGCUACAGCCUUCCCAGAAAAGGACUACGAUAAUUGUGAUGCGUACUGGUGGAGAAAUUUGUUUUACAUAAGUUUAUUCUAUCCUCGAGACGAACAGUGCAUGCAAAUCUCGUGGUACCUGUCCACGGAGACGGCGUUGCACGUGUGCGGUGCGCUGAUAUGCGUGGUGCUGACCCUGCGCCGCCGCGUGGCCCUCCUGGCGUUGAAUGCCACGCUCCUGGCCGCAGUUGCCACAGACGUUCUGAAGGCCUUCACCGAUUACCACAACCGGUUUAAUGGUGUCUUCGGGGCUUACGCGUCUUUGAUGAAUCGUCCUGUGGCGCGAGUGGCGCCAUACUUUAUGGGAAUUUUGGCCGGCUGGCUUGUGCACGUGGUCGAUGGGAGGACGCGCGUGUGCCGGGUGACUUCAUGCUGCCUCUGGCUGGCGUCUGUGGGGGCGUUGGUGACGUCAUUAGUGACGUCAUCGCUGUACUCGCACUGGGGCAGCGCGUGGCUGCACCUGUGCUGGCCCGCGGCGCUGCUCUGGCCCGCGAUCGCCUGCGCAACGGAUCACGCGGGCGAGUUCCCU